AUGGCCAAAAGACCCUCCCCGACCCCCGAACCCGAGCCGUUAAAUCUCGACCCAAUCUCCACCUGGCGCGCCUUACAAGCCCUAUCGAUUUACUUCACAGUCCUCCUCAACCGCCAAAUCCGCCGCCGCUGGCUUCUUGAACAUAAAUGCAUGGAAAACAGACCACGCUCAAAACACUUCUGCCCGAACAUCUUCCUCGAACCGAUCCCAACCCUGCCUAAACCACGCAUCCCAUCACCAACCAACACGAUCGACCCCAACGACAAACACAACCCUUACAACGCCGUAGCCCGGUCUGAUCUGGAAGCAAAAGUCCACCUUCUCCGUGCGCGGGUCGAAAAGGGCAAGGAACUGGUGUCUGAGAUUGAGCGCCGCAUGCUCGAUUCACGCAUCGCGUUUCCGACACAUUUCUGUCAUACUUGUGUGGUGGGCGGCGAUAAGGUGGAGGUCCUUUUGACAAAGUGUGGUCAUCAGAUUUGUCGCACUUGUCUUGAGUUUGCCAUUGAUGAGGAGGGGGUCCAUGAGUGUAAUAUCUGUUUUGUACCGGCUCAGUUUGUGCAGAGGUUGCCGUUGGGUGCGCAGCGGUCGUGUUCAGAACACCUUUCUGGUGUUUCGAGGACUUCUUUGCCGAAAAAUGAACCGGCUAUGCGGAGUUUGAGUAGUCCGCUUGCUGUAUUGCCUUAG